AUGGUUACACAUACCUGCAUGCAGGUGGAUGUUCCUUCCAGCUUCGACCCGCCAUCGUUUCUUAGAUCCUUGGCUACAAUUCAUGAAAUUGAGAAUAUAAAUGUAGCUGGUUUCCUCCCAGGAGUUCCUCUUGGAUAUUUGAUGUGUGACACAUACUCAUAUGCGAGCAAGGCCCUGCAGAAUGUCGUGCACAGGCUUGUAGUCAACGGCUCUCUAACUGCAGCAUGCAACUACACUGACUUCAGGCCUGGAAUCAAGAGGAUUUCCGGGGCCCUGUUCUCUGAGGAGUCCACUGCUGUGGCCAGACUGCUAAAUGUGUAUGUGGUCCCUCUUCUGAGCAGCACAUCAGCUUCACCAGAGCUGAGUGACAAGCUCCGCUACCCUGGUUUUAUUCAUACCAUUCCCAGUGAUAUUCACCAGACCAAAGCACUGGCCAAACUUAUUAAUCACUGGAACUGAGACGAUGAUUACGGCAAGGCAGCUUUUGAAAGCUUCCUCAGUGAUGCUGGUGCAAUUAAUGUGUGCUUGGCCUACCAGGAGGUGGUGCCACAUUACCUCGAUCAUGAGAACAAUGAGCAACGCAUCCAGCAGGUGGCUCAGCAGAUCCGUUCCUCCAAAACUCAGGUGGUUCUGCUCAUCCUCAAGGCGGAGCUGGUGGAGUUGCUCUUUAAGGAAAUGAUCAGGACCAGCACAACAAGGUCCUGGAUAGCCAGCAAGAGUGAAUCAUUUGAUAAUUAUCUGAGGAAUCUUUCAGGUAUCAUCUGGAUGAUCUUUGAUUCUCCCGACAUUGAUGACGCACUUCCAUCCCAGCAAAGCAUGGAGAAGAUAUUCCAGUGCACUGAAGGUGAGACAUACAUAGGUUCUGGUAUUAUGUUGAGCUUCAUAGGUCUACUGGUAUUUGUUUGCUUCCUCUUGGCCUUCAAAGGCAGGAGGGUUCUUCAGGAGAACAGUGGAACAGGCUUCAUCGUUUUCAGCAUGCUAAGGCAUUUGUUUGUGUGUUUUGUCCCAGUCUAUAUUACCAGGAACGAAGAGGGCACUAUUGUUCAGGCGUCAGCCAUUCUAGUAUCCAGCUAUGGAAUUAUCUUCUGCCAUUUUCUCCCCAAGUGCUAUGAAGCAUUAAGGGGGUCAAACUCUGACCCCCAACCAAUCAGGCUUAGAAAUAACACGACAAGGGGAAAUUAUAAAAAGGGCCCUUUCCAGUGUGCUUGA